GGAAGGUUUCGUUGGAUUAUCACGUGACGAAGUAAGAAAAUGGAAAAGAUGUCUGUGGGUCAUCCUCCCCAUCUGCGUCAUCAUCAUCAUCACUGGCUGUCAGAGAACAUCUCCCUCAUGCAUAACACUUCAACCUCCACCACAGACGCUUACACCUACUCGUUCACUGACUCGGCUCUCUUGUGGAACGACUCAUAUAACCUCACUGAGUCGACUCCCGUAGUGAACGGAUCACGGUCUGGGGUGGACCCGGUGGUGUUCAUCUACGCGUCUUCCUUCCUCAUCGUCUUCUGUACAGUUUCUCUUGCUGUUAACGUCGUCAUUCUGAGCUCAGUCUGUUUCAUGAGAUCCAGGAUCUACCCAACUCUCUACAUCAGCCUGAGUCUCGCCGGCGCAGAUACCUUCUCCUUGUUCUUCUACGCGCUGGGGCUACUGUUCUUCACACUGCUGCCGCGCCUAGGCGUGCGGUUCGACACACCCUGUGCCAUGCUGAUGCUAGAGGCGCUGCGGAUGGGCGCUAUCAUGACCACCCUGUUCCACCUGGCUGCUCUAGCAGGCAACCACUACCUGGGCAUCCUCCUCCCUCUGCACUACCCUGUCUACAUGGCUCGCAGGAACAUACAGUACUGCAUCAUAGUUCUGUGGACCAUCCCGUCCUCUCUACUGGUGCUCGACAUGUUCUUCCUAGAAGGAGAUGGCUUCAAGAUGUGCCCUUAUCACUUUUUGAAGAGGUCUAAGUUCCGAACGCGGUUCUCCAUCCCUUUCUUCACAACGCUGGGUAUGAUGAUCUUCAUAUACCUCCACAUCUACAAGCUGGUCUGUAAACACCAGAAACAGCCUCUGAAUGGCAAAUACCAAGGACGCAGAUGCUACACGAGGAGGUCCGGAGGCUUCUCCAGCAGCCAGGUGAACGAGAAGGCUAUUAUAACCACUCUGAUGAUCCUGGGCUCAACCAUCUUCGGCUGGGCACCAGCAUUCACGUACUACGCCCUGUUCUGCGAGGACUGUCUGUUCGCGGACUACUGGAACUUGCAAACACCGGAAGAACUGGCGGUGCUGCUGGUCGUCAACUUCCUCAUGAUCUGCAAAACCGCCACCAACAGCUACAUAUACGCCUUCCGCAUGAAGGAGAUCAAGAUAGCACUGCGCCGGAUGAGACGCAGACUGCUAAUGUGUCUCUUCACCAACCAAAUAGACUACGACCAGUCCGACUGGACGGCCGGAGGGCUGACCAGGACCACGAGUCGUCAGUCCACCUCCAGGAGUCGCACCUUCGUCUACAGGAUGAACUCUCUACAGGACUCUCAUGUGAACAACGGUGUGGCCAAACUAUCUCCCGUUGACCCGUCCAUGAGACGCUGUCGGUCCGCGAACUUUACCAGAAACAAGAGAUGCAACACUUCAGUGUAGCACUAUAUAUGUAUGUAAAUACAUGGGUUAGGUAUUUGUGAUAUGAAAAGCAUGUAGGAGAAGAAAAGGAGGAAGGUUGUGAAUUAAGUAAAGAAAGAAAUGGGAAGGAUUAACAGAAGUUGGGAAUAAGAUGUAUUGAGGAAAUGGUGAGCAAGUAGGGCGGAAUGGGAGGAGAGGGAAUAAGACAAGGUGCGACACUCAAGGUCAACCUGUUGAAUAAUGACGUCAUGGAAGGCCAUUAAGUCUAGCGAUAAGUUCGAGAGAGGUAAAGUAAAGCACCCUGUCACCGGGGUACUUUGUCAGAUAUUGGUAUUGAUUGACGGAGGAGGAGAUCAACAGCAGUACCUACACGAAUACCAUUUAUAAAUUAACGGUUGAUAAGGGGAGAAUAAAGAAAUAGAUAAGGUAGGAUGGGAGGUAGAAGAUAAGGAAGAUAAAAUUUAUGAAAUGAUUAAAGGCUUUUAGAUAGAUGAUGAAGAAGAAGGGUAGAAGGAGUUGGAAAAUUAACGAC